AUGACGGCGCCUCUGCCGGCCGCUGGUGGGUCGACGCGCCGGGACAUUAAAGACCACUUGGAAGCGACGCUUACAGCUGCGGAGUUGUCCACCGUGGGCAAGCGUAACGUCCAGGACGGGGUUAUUUACAUCGAGCUGAAGUCCAGGGCCCACAUGGACGCUAUCGUUACCAAGUUGCGCGCGGAUCCUAUCGACACCGCCGAGUUCGGCGACCGGCAGGCGCGCGACGGACGUCUUCGGCAGAAACGUGAACGUCAAGAGGAGGCAGUCCAGGGUGCGUCAUCACAGACGGCGCAGCUAUUGGCGCUCUUCGGCACGGGCGGCAGCAGCAAGGCGAAGAGGAAGUUCGCCAAGUCAAUCGCAGGCACCUUGGAGAUUUCCACGAGAGCGUCUUCGUCGGGCUUGCGGCUGAAAGGCAUGACCGAGCAGAAGGCGGAGAGUGAGGAACGCGAUGAGGACGGGGAGGAGUGA